AUGCCGCCACCAUAUGAUCAUAUGGGCCCACAGAUGAAAACUGCAAGUCACAUGUUUAAAUUUUGUCAAAGGCAAGUAGCUAAAGAGACUAUAUCUUGUGAUUUAUGUCUGGCAUUGAUUGUGAGCCAUGCGGCAGCAGCUCAUGUAAGUAGCACUCCGGAAACAUAUUGGAAAUCCGUGUUGCCAAACACUCCCAUCCCCAAAGCUGUCUCCGAACUUCUCAAUAUUGAUACACCACCGGGAACCCGAGUUGAUGAGCAUCAUGUCAUAGAUACACGUACACCCCAACCAGGUGCUCGUGUCGAUACAACCCGCAGCUCCAGCGCCAAGAUAUUGGGUUACACUUCAGAAGGGACAUCACUUCUCUUCCUCGAAAAAGACAUGAAUCAAGGCCACACAAUGAACAUACAAUUCACCAAAACAUCAUCCAUCACUCGUCCAUCAUCAUCACCUUUUUUGGCCCGUGAAGUGGCUAACACAAUACCCUUUUCAUCAAAAAGCCUUCCUGAUCUGUACACACGUUUCUCCGUCAAACCCGGGUCUAUAGAAUCCGAAUCAAUGAAGUACACUAUCGGUUUAUGUGAAGAGAAGGCAAUGAAAGGCGAGGAGAAGUAUUGUGCUACUUCCUUAGAGGACAUGGUGGAUUUCACUACAUCAAAAGUAGGUAAAAAGGUGAAAGUUAUGUCAACACAGGUGAUUAAUGCUAACAAAAUGCAAAAGUACACCAUAGACAGCUCAAGGAAGUUGGCAACAACAGAGUUUGUGAAUUGUCACAAACGAAUCUACCCGUACGCAGUCUUCUAUUGUCACAAAGUCAUGGGUACUAGAGCGUAUUUGGUAUCUUUGUCAGGUGAAGAUGGUUCAAAGGCUAAAGCACUUGCAGUAUGUCACGACAACGGUGGAAAAUUGUAUCCUAAGGACAUGGUGUUUAAGGUUCUGGGAGUGAGACCAGGGACUACUCCAAUCUGUCAUUUCCUACCUGAAAACCAUAUUGUCUUUGUGCCUUACUAA